CUGUGACGGCUAUCGUCAGUACGAGAAGACGCACCGAUGAGGGUGGACGCGUCUCGCUCGCCCAUCAGAACGACGAACGCGCGUUCGCGAGUGGCCAAUUAAAAAAAAAAAUAACGAAAGCAUUUUUAAUUUAAAACUUUAUAUUUUAGCGUGUUAAUUGUGAACAUGAGGUGUUUUAUUGUGAUGAUGUUGAUGGUGGCGUGUGCGGGAGCCGCCGCUGCUGCAGUGGCAGCGUCGUGCGCCAGCUCCGAAGGAUUCUUCGCCAGAUAUAACGCAUCAGCUGAUGUUAGCGAUCAUCCAGGUGCAAUAUGCGGGGGUCAGUGCUGCGGCCGAGGACGGGAAGAGCAUCUACGUGCCGCCCUGAGGAGGGCCGCUGUAGAACAGGCUGCAUUGAAGACCAGGCCCAUAACUGAUCUGUUGCUGUCCACCAGGCGGACCCUCCAAGAACAUCUAUUGGCGCUAUCACAUCAAUCACAGAAUAAAACAGCUGGACUAUUAACACAACUGUACAGAGCCCACGCAGCGCGAGCGCACGCCCCUCUUGCCGUCCUCUACGACGAUAUUCGAACCGUACUGCGAACUCCCGAACAUAAUUUCAGCAGAGACCAUGGGAUGGACCUAGCGGAUAGCGCCAGAAAGUUCUUCAUCGAGUUAUUUCCGAUAGCGUAUCAGAGCGUGCUGAAACUAGAGUCAAAACAGUUUACAUCAUCGUACGAGGACUGUUUAAAGAGCGCGUACAACGCUGUAGUUCCUUUUGGAGAUGUGCCUAAAAAGAUGGGCACAUCAUUGUCUCGAUCGCUAAAAGCUGCCCGAGCUCUCCUGGAAGUUCUGGCAGCUGGUGCUGGUGUUCUGGCUGCCAGUGAACACGUCCUGUCCACAGCCAGUGAUGAAUGCACCAACCAGCUUCUCAUAGUUGGUGGAUGUGCGCGUUGCAAGGGUCUCGAUGUUAGACCUUGUAGAAAUUUCUGUGUUAACGUCGCAAGAGGGUGCAUUGGCUCGCUACUAGCUGAACUGGAUGCGCCCUGGGCUGGUUACGUGGAGGGCAUGGAGAGAUUAGAUCAGGCUGAUGCUGAUGUGGAGCUCAGAGAAAUAGAGGGAAAGAUCUCUGAAGCGGUUAUGUACGCGCUUGAGAACAAAGGAACGCUGGAAAGCAAGGUACACAAAGAAUGUGGUGUGACCAUGACGAUGGAAUCUUCGAGUUUGACGGCUCCAGUGUCGACUCCUGGCGCAAUGCGGCGGAACGCUCUCCGCGCGCCCCCACCUGAUGCGAUCCUAUUAGAAUUUGCUGCGUCUUUGGCAGAAAAGAAGAAACUCUUCACUGGUCUGGGAGAUGAUCUGUGUGACGAGCUAGAUUUCGCGCAAGAUGGCGACGAUAAUUGUUGGAACGGGAAGUCAGUUGGCGAUUACACGAAACCAUUGGUGCCAUCGGCGUCUCUAAGCCAUCAAAAAUACAACCCAGAACUUUUGAGCAUCCCGCGGGACACGAGGGUGGCUGCUCUCGGCGAUAAACUGCAGCAGGCAAGACAGUUGCUGGUAAGGACGACAAUUGGGAGUGACGCAAAUGCCGCGGAUGUGUUCAUGCUGGGCGACGAAGCCAGCGAGGAAGGUUCUGGAAGUUAUCGCAGUUACGAUGACGACGCUUCUUACGAUACCGAGGGUUCUGGAGAUGAGGGCUCAGGGAUGCAUGAAACAAGAAACAGAGCGUAUGAAGGCAUAGAGACGCCUUAUACCACGGCACCGGAGACUGGAGCGGCGACCAUAUCGCGGCCGAUCCUCCCCGCAGUUUUCAGCGUGGCCGUGCUCGCUGGCCUCAGCCACUGCCUCACCUAAAUCCCCACCUAGAGUCCCUGUGACAAGACUCUCCUCACUCGACACAAAACCAGUGAGACCUUUACGAAUACCCAUAUCAUUGUGAAGUUAUGAGUGGAAAGUAAAGCGUGUGUGAAGUGUGACUACAAGUAGAACUUAGUCUGAAUUAAAAGACACGAUCCCGUACGGGAUCUUAGUUUGGCGGCCUAGUAUGGACUUGUAGCACGCUGUAUAGCUAGUCCCCGAACAUAGAAUGAUAUAUUAGAAUCUCGCAAUGCAGACCGCAAUCGUGCAUUUAAAAAGUAUAUUGACAAAGUCUGCAAUAAAUGUACAGUGCAUAUCGUAUUGUCUUCAUUUUGUAAAUAAUCUUGGUAUUUUAUAGUAGCAUUAAAAUAUUUAAAUUAUAAUUGAAGCUUUACAAUACUUUUGCAUUUAAAAGUUUUGGAUGUGAAUCCUCAAAUGUAUCGUCAUAAUAAUAAUAUAAUUUGAAGAAACUCUAAUGUUGUUAAAUAAUAGCUGAUUGGCAAUAAUUUUAUUAAGUGAAAAAGUAUAACGAUUAGACACGAGUGAUAACGGUAAUAUAAGGAUUGACUGUACAGAAAUUACUGUAAAUACCUGAAAUCCUACUGGUUUAGGUGCUUAGCUAAUAAUUGUAUUUUGUUGCCAUAUUAAUGUUACGGUUAUAAUUAUUUAUAAUAUUUUAAGUCAUAUUUUAAUCUAAAACUAUGUUAUGUGAUACGUAUACCGCAAUGAAACUUGUGUAACUGGUAGGUAUACGCGCACGUUAUUUAUUUUAUUAAUGGUAUUAUGUAAUAAAAAAUUAAAAUCCUUGUAUACAUACCUACUCUUCGUAACAACAUUAUUCAAACUAAUUUAUAUUAAGUAUAUAAUAAGGUGCUUCGAAUGAAAUAUAAAUAAUUAUCUCAAAUAUGAACAAAUUGAAUUUUUAAAAAUAAUUUCCGUCUUAUCAUUUAAAGCUUGUAAACUCAAAUGAAACGACGAAAUUAUAUUACCGGGACGUACAUUUAUUACAAAAGAGAAAAUAUAUUAUCACAUAAAUAUAAUAAAUUAUAUUGUAAAAACGUAAUAGAAACUGUAAUAUUGCAGUAGCCAUUUAAUGGCACGAUUUAAGUUUUGUAUAAUGAAUAACUACGUAGUUAGUAUAAAAGGACUCGAUGAGGGUGUGUGUGGACCAGGACGAUAUUGGAAACGUUUUUGUGUUGUCAACGGUAUUGUUAUGGUAUAUUACAGCCCUAAAUGAUUGGUAUUUAUUUAUGAGGUUUUAUAGGGAUGUCACUGUAAUCUUCUGAAGUAAAAUGAGUACUAAAUAAAACUAAAUAAUUAAGUAAAUUUUAAAUUCAAUCACAUAUUAAUGUACGAAUAUAAAAUUGCUUGUUUUUUUUUAUUUAAUUUCUAUAAAAUCCCAAGUGUUUAAAAUGAUCACUGUAUUAUAAUACAUAUAUCUUAAUUUAAUACAUAUAUCUUAAUCUUAAUUUAUAUUGGCAAUUCAUCUAAUCAACAGUUUAAUAAUGUGGAAAUAAAUAUAGCAAGGAACUGUUCCGCUAUUUUGCACAUUUAACAUAUCAGCAAUUCAUAUCAACAUGUUCACAUUACUGAUUCUCAUAGAAAACUGUUAAAAAGAUGAAAUUAAAAAAUAAAUCUUUUAAGAAGCCCAUAAUGUGACCAUUUUCCAAUUUCAAAUUCCAAUGAUACACAAUAUAAAAAUAAAAAUUGUUGGUUUUAUAUUUUUAACGAAAAAAUCCAAAUUUAUUUAGAUAUAACGGAACAAACAAUAAGUUCAAUGACCGUGAAUUAAAAUUUUUAUAAUUUUUCUGAAAUAUACUCGUAUAUAAAUAUAAUGUUUUUUAAAGUUAAUAUUUCACUUUGAGUGGCCACUUACGAGAUUUACACUGAUUUCCCUGAAAGCCUGUUUACUACCACACCAAUAAAUCUAAAUGAGAUAAUCACCUAUAUAAUAUCUACUUACUUAUACAAUCAAUUAAGAUUUCCUCUAAUUUAAUUAAUAAUUACUCGUUAUUAAUUUCAACAUAUCUGAACCUUAAAAUAAUACCUAUGUUUAGACAAUGGGACCGAUUCUGAGACGCCAUUUCUUUAAACUUAUCUAAGUUAAUAUUUUAAUUUUUCAAAGGUUCUAUUUUAUGGAUCGUUAAAAACUAAAAUUAUAUUAAAUUUGACUUAAAUCAAUUGGUUUAUAGUUCAUAUUAAUCCUAGUUCAGAUAGGUUUAGAGAAAUAGUGCCUCAGAAUCGACCCCACUGAAGGACGCGAGAAUACUUAUUAGAUAUAUUUAUGUUUCCUUAAUGAAGUCAACAUGAAAAUGAUUUCCAAUCUGUGUAAAUAUUGUUGGAAUGGUGAUAGAAUGUUUGAAAGAAAUUUGCUGUUAUAUCUGAGUAUAUAAUAUUAUGAAAAUAAACUCUGUACUAUA